CUCAGUCCGUCCGCCCCUCGCUGCUUUCUCCUUCACUGUGCCCUAUUGCGCGAUACACAGCGUUCUGAAACUGUGCGCAUCGUUCAACCACUACAAGAGUCAUGUCAGAGACAGCAGAGGAGCAGGUAGCGGCAGUGGUGAGCGUGGUGACUGCGGCGCUGGUGGAGGAGGUCACAGUAGAGGUCAAGCAGGCAGAGAGCAAAGGCAGCUGUGGGGCCUGUGAGCAGCAGACACCCAAGGGACCUGUCAAAAUGGCCGUCCCCCCCUCAUAUGCUGACCUGGGCAAAUCUGCCAAAGACCUCUUCAGCAAGGGUUAUGGCUUUGGUGUCAUCAAGCUGGACCUCAAGACCAAGGCCCAGAGCGGAGUUGAGUUUGCCACCUCUGGCACCAGCAACACUGACACAGGGAAGGCCGGAGGCCACCUGGAGACCAAGUACAAGGUCAGCGAUCUGGGCCUCAGCUUCAACCAGAAGUGGAACACAGACAACACCCUGACCACCGAGAUCACCGUGGAAGACCAGCUGGCCAAGGGUUUGAAGGUGGCCCUGGACACCUCCUUCGUGCCCAACACUGGGAAGAAGAGUGCCAAGCUGAAGACCGCCUACAAGCGGGACUUCAUCAACAUGGGCUGUGAUCUGGACUUUGACAUGGCGGGCCCCACCGUGCACGCCGCCGCCGUUCUGGGCUACGAGGGCUGGCUGGCCGGGUACCAGAUGGCCUUCGACACCGCCAAGUCCAAACUGGCCAAGAACAACUUUGCUCUGGGUUACAAGGCGGGAGAUUUCCAGCUUCACACCAACGUUAACGACGGAACCGAGUUCGGCGGCUCCAUCUACCAGAAGGUGAACGAGCAGCUGGAGACGGGGGUGAACCUGGCCUGGACGGCGGGCAGCAACAACACCAGCUUCGGCAUCGCGGCCAAGUACCAGCUGGACAAGGACGCUUCUCUGUCUGCCAAAGUGAACAACGCCAGCCUGAUUGGAGUUGGAUACACGCAGAGCCUGCGGCCAGGAGUGAAGCUCACCCUCUCAGCUCUGAUCGACGGGAAGAACUUCAACGCCGGCGGACACAAGGUGGGCAUGGGCUUCGAGCUGGAGGCAUAAGGACGAAGGCACGAAGAGGAGGAGGAGGAGGAAGAGAAGAAAGUAUAGAGCCUGGUUCCGACAAAACCUCCCUUCCAAAAAGUCCCUUGUCACACCUUGUCACAUGUCCCCUCUGUGCGCACAGAAACACACGUACACCACCCCGUUUUUUGGCCUUAUCCCCUUCACCCCCACCCCCCCCGGGCACCCUCCACGUCUACAACCUGCAGUACUGUAAUAAACAGACGGACUGUCAGCUACCCGAGUUGUUCUUUUUUUGUCUGGGUUCCAUAUGAUGUACGGCAGAUCUCUGUGCUCUCUCCGUAGCAACGCCCCUUUGUCAACAAACAAUCAAGCGCAUAAAAAAAAAAACCUCGACAACGAGGCCGAGCGAAACCCGCAGGGCUCCUCACCUCAGACGGAGAACCGAUUUCCCCCGAUUUGGACGUUACCUGGCAACCCCUCCUCGAGUGGCUCCGCCCACCAUCUGCGUUCUCUUGGGAGUGAAUGAGAGAGAGUCUCGGAGUUCCAACUCAGGAAGGGUCACCAGGCAACGCCAGGUCGGGAGUAGGGCGGGAGGUGAGACGGAGCCGGGUGUCAUGACAACGACUUGGUCCAUGGUUCAAAUACGUGUUGUGGGAGAAAGGCUGAAGCACUCUUCUAGUACAAAUCCGUUGUGAUCAUUUCAUCUUUGCCUGAGAUCAUGUGUUAUAUAAUCAUUUGAUUCUUCUACACUACAGAGAUUAAUAGUAGGCUUUUGAUUUUUGCUGUGUUUGUUGUAGCUGCUGUGGAAGCACAUCAGAACAGUAAUGUUGUCAAACGUUGUAGAAAUAUGUUCUCCAGAACAGGAGUUACGGACUACGUACAGAGAGGGUAUUUAUUAUCUGUUUAACUGAUAUUAGUAAACUGCAAUACGAGUGGAUGGCAAAUCCAGAGUGCUUAGUAGUAACUCAUUGAUUGGUUGAAAUUUGUGACCUUCAAACAUCUCCAUCGUGAGUCGGUUUCCAUGGUUAUGCAUUAUGGGAGGGGCUUGUAGCAGUUGAUUGUUCCUCUGUUUCAUCUUAUCUAUCCAGUCUAUCGUUUUCGUUUCAUUUCGUGUCUGUGCUGUGCUUGAAAUGAGGAAGGUUACGGAUAGUUCAAACCUCAAACUGACUUUUAAGGAAUUCAUGGAAUAAAGAAUGUGAAACAG